AUGUUUAUUGGUCAGAAAGUGAACCCUAUUUACAUGGAAAAAGCCCACAGGGACCAUUGUCCAGAAAUUCAACAUUGGAAUCGAAGAAUAUGGCGUCCAUUUGAAAGAAGUAACACAAGGUCACGAACGAAUCUCAAAGGAGUCGACUGGGAUGGUGAAGAUAGCUACCUGGACGCGUUGAAAUCACAUUCGCUGUUUACCUCUGCUGCCAACAUUCAUUUUCUGGCUGAUGAUGACUUCUGGGAGUUCCAGAAGGAUCGUGAUAGUUCUGAGACCACGAAUACUAAACAAGAGAAUUUCGCGGAAGAUCUCCUUCAAACUGCGACCCCAGAACACUUUGAUGGGCCGUGGUUAAGGGCCAGAAGUCACUCUCCUCAUGGCAGUCGAUCUCAUUAUGGCAGUCACUCUCAGUAUGGUUGUGGAUCUAAGAUGGGAAUCUUCAACCUCCUGACAUUCUUGGUCUACGGGUUUUCGCUCUUCGUCACUCUGCUGAGCAGCACAACACUGGGGAAUCUCCUGGCCAACAUCCUGAACGCCAACAUCGUCAACAUCAACACCAACACCAACACCAACACCAACGAGAAUAUGAAUAUGAACAUGAAUAUGAAUAUGAACGGCCGUGCCUUCCGGUUUUUAGCGGGUGUAGACGCAUACGCUUCCAGUUUUGACGAUGGUCGAGGACGCGAAGCAAAGAGAUCGACAAGUAACCUUGUCAACGGCAGUAAGAUCAGGAACAAGUUUCCGACUCAUGUAGAGAGGUUCUUAGGCGCAAAUUUACUGGUUGUCUUUUUGCAGUUAACAGGAAGGACGCCGAGCGUCCGGCCAUUUUGUAGCAUUCAAUCUCUGGAUUAAAGGACUAAAAAAGCACUUGGAGGAGUUAAAAGGAGAGAAUAUUUUAGAUAGCAAAUAAGAGAGUUAUUCUUGAAGUUAUUGACAAAACAUGAUUGUAUUUCAAGGCUUUCAAAAAUAUCAGGAAAUACAGAAGUUAUGAGGUAUAUUGUGCUUACAUGUUAAGGCCCUUCCUUCUCGGGGCUCACGUGUUAUGGUCUUUCCCUCCCAAGGCUCUUCUUCGCCAUGUAAUCCAGCACUUUCCCUUCCUCCUGAAACUUCCAAAUUAUAUCCCUAUGGCCACACUUUUUUUUUGAUAACUGAAGUUGCUCAAUCAUUCCCUUACACUUUACUUUCAUACAUUGGCUUCCUUAGGGCCUGUCCACACUAGAGGGCAUGCCCGUCGGGCACUUCCAGCUGUUUAUAUUUUAUCUCGUAUCUGAAGCAGUGUUACCAGCCGAUCGCGUCGUUCUGGCUCCAUACUCGGCAAGUCAGUUUAGUGAAACGGGUUAUGGGAACAGCGUUUGCCCGUCGGGCAGUGUCCGCCAGUGUGGACAUGGCUUUAGACUAACUCACUUGCAUAUCUUUUGCACACACCCAGCUGACUUCCUUGCCUUCCUUACUCUGUGUCUCACCUCUUCUCUCAUCCUACCAUCGUCCAUUAUAUCUAGGCUACUCUCAUAUAUCGGUAUAAAACAGUUUUAUUCUUAUGUUAACCAUUUAAGAUUAAUCGUCCUGUAUUCAUGGUUUUGAUUUACCCUCUAACUCUUUACUCCUGCUCUGAUUUACAAACAACCUUCUCGUUUUACAAUUGCUUUUAAAGAGUAAUGUAAUAACCC